UGCGCUCGCUCGUCAACCUACAUUGAUACAAGCUUGUGGGACAGGUCUCUUAUUCGGAGCUGGUGAUUUAAUAGCACAAAAUAUUGUAGAAAAAGACAAUGAUAAGUAUGAUUUCAAAAGAACUGUAAGGAUGGUGGCAUUUGGAACUAUAAUCGCGGGUCCAGCUAUUGCAAAUUGGUAUAGAUUCCUCGAUAAAUUUGUAACAAUAAAGAAUCCAAAUAAAGCACUCCUUGCUCGAGUUGCAAUAGAUCAAGCAUUUUUCGCGCCUUGCUUCAUAGCCGUGUUUUUUGGCGCACAAGGUGUAAUGGAAGGGAAAUCUCGUCAGGCGAUCAUGCAAAAGUUAAAAACGGCGUAUCCAAAUGCGCUUAUAAACAACUAUAGAAUCUGGCCAGCCGUGCAAUUAAUAAAUUUUCGUUUUGUGCCAUUACAACACCGGUUAAUGGUCGUCAAUGUGGUGGCCCUCGGAUGGAACACGUAUUUAUCAAUAGAAAAUCGACAGAGCUCAAAAAUAGUAGACAAUUAG